AUGAAGACGGUCGUACCCUUAGGUUUGCUGUUGCUGCUCGGUUUGCUGGUGGCCCAACCGGCCGACGGCGCACCCUUCAACCUGCGCGACCCGGCGGACGAAGGCAUCGCCGUGCCGGAAUCGAAAGUCGUCGAUCUGGAAAAUCUGACGGAAAGCGAACGGGAGUUCUUCCGCGAGACCGUCAACAUAACCGCGGUAAAGAUACAGCAGCAGGCGCUGCGGGAACGGCAGAACAUGAACCGUACCAGCGGCCCGAUGGCCAUCACCCAGAGCACCAUCGACCGGAACGUUCCCGACCGGGUGAAAACGAGAAAAGAAUACGCAGAGCAUAUAAUCGGAAACAUCAAGCACAACAUCGAGAGCAACCUGAUGCGGAACGAUACCGUGUCCCAUCUGGCCGCCACGCACGAGAUGGCCUUUUCCGCCGUCUGCGAGAUGCCCAAAAACACCAACUCCAGCCAAUGGAACGAAGACAACACCUGGAAUCUGUUUUUCCGUCUGCCUCACAAUAAGCAGUAUAAUUCUGUCAGCUCGGCUGUUCUAAGAUUGUACAUGAACGGCAUCAACUCGACCGGUGCACGCAACCAAAGGGAGUCGGGCAAUUGCAAGAACCCCUCGGAGCAGAUGAUUCGCAUAACGGUUUCGGUGUACUUCCGCAAGAAUAGGAGAGACAAUGGACCGCCGGAACGGAAGAAGCGCAUCUGUAGCUGCACCACGAUCACCCAAUCGUACCGGGGUUGGAUUACGUUGGACACGCUGCUGGCGGUGAAGCUGUGGGACAAACCCAACCGCAACCUGGGCAUUGCGAUCGACGUCGAGGAUCAGGAGGAUCGACCGCUGCGGGCGGCCGAUUUCUUCCAGCCGGCCGAUUGCUCGGAGGCAAGUAAAACCAACGCUUCAGCCGUAUUUCCAUGGAGCUUUUUCGGAAGUCCACUCGCACGGACCGUUAAUGAAAUGGACGAUGUGCCACACUACCCGCGAAUAGACAUUGUUUUCCAGAGGAAUAUGCAUCACAACCAUCGUCUGUACCGCCCCAAGUACCACUACGGGUACGGUGUGCGUUCCACCACCGGCAGCAACACCGGCAAUUCGUACGAGCAUGAGGACGUGGACCAUCAAACCGGGGCCGGCGUCGCGACCAGCAGCCACCACAGUUAUAAGCGUCCGCACCAUAUGCACCAUAUAUUCCGCAAGCUACAUACCCACACGCAACCGGUGGUGAUCGGCCGGGCACAGAUGAAGCGUCGCCAUCUGAACCACCACACCGUUGCCAUCAAUGACGAAUGCGAGGAGAACCAAUCGAUCUCCUCGUCCGCAAUGCUCGAUUCGACCGCGACGCUAUCCGACGAGGAUCGGAACUUAUGA